GACAACCAUGUUCGAGGAAGUUCUCUAGAACAAAAACUGGACACAUUUAUAACAUUGUCUGUGUAGGUCAGACUAGCUAAAGAACACACAACUGCAAAUCUGAACAGAAACAAAGAGUGGUCCCUGCUCCAGGUCACACACACACACACACACAGAGAGAGACACACACACAGACAGACAUACACACAGAGUGAGGCACAGGAAGGUCCUGUAGAAGCCUCACUUGGCCUCUCCCUCCUCAGUAUGCUGUCGCUGACCUCUGCGACCUAAGUCAUGAUGGCAGACUCAUGGACGUUCACUGUUAACCUGAGGAGGACCCCAUAGUGCGGACAAGGAUGCCGCGGUGGGCUUUGGUGUGUCUCAGUUUCCUGUCCAUGCACCGCAGACGGCUAAGUGGCUUCUCCCCGCCUCCCCAGGCCACUGUGCUGGCCAAAGAUGUGCCCGUCCUGUUCCGUGAGCCGUACAUCCACGGUGGCUACCGGCCCGUGGGCCAGCGCUGGUCCUGCUACCUGCUCAGCCUCUUCCAGGUGCACAACGAGUCCGUCAAUGUGUGGAGCCACAUGCUGACCGGUGUGAUCGUCCUCCUCCGCUUCCUGCUCCUGCUGCACACCUGGCCUGCCCCGCUGGACCUGACCGCGCUGCCCCUGUGCCUGUACGUGACCUCUGCCCUCACCUACCUGACCUGCAGUGCGGCCGCCCACCUGCUGCAGUCGCACUCGGAGCUUGCCCACUACUGCCUCUUCUUCCUGGACUACGUGGGCGUGUGCGUCUACCAGUACGGCUGCGCGCUGGCGCACUACUUCUACAGCUCAGAGCCGGCGUGGCGCAACACCGCCGUGGCCGACGCCUUUCUGCCCGGCGCCGUGCUCCUCGGCUGGCUGACCUGCGCCAGCUGCUGCUUCGCCAAGCUGCGCUACCAGCGGCCAUACCCGCUCCGCCGCAAGGUCUUCCAGCUGGUGCCCACCAGCCUGGCGUACCUUCUGGACAUCAGCCCCGUGGCCCACCGGCUGGCCAGCGCCGGCUCGUCGGACGGCAGCGACGCCGACGACGCUCUCGCGCUCCACGCGCUGCAGAUCUUCUUCUUCCUGCUGGCGGCGCUCUUCUUCUCGUGCCCCGUGCCCGAGUGCUUCUUCCCGGGCCGCUGCGACGUCCUGGGCCACGGCCAUCAGAUCUUCCACCUCUUCCUGGCGCUGUGCACGCUGGUCCAGCAGGAGGCGCUGUUCCGGGACUUCCGGGCACGCUGGCGCACUCUGGAGCGGGUCCACGGGCGAGACAGGCUGAUCGGGGCUUGUGCCUCCUUCCCCACCCUGGUGCUCUGCAGCCUGCUCACCGCUGGCGUCAUGUGCUGCUACGCCAAGAGGAAGCUCAAAGCCAGGCCCAAAAAACGAAGCUCAAGGAUUAAAAACUGACUGGAGAAAAAAACGUCACUUCAUGUCAUACUGGUUUUAAACUCUACACGACUAAAAAACAUCACUUCAUGUCAUAAUGGUUUUAAACUCUACACGACUAAAAAACGUCACUUCAUGUCAUACUGCUUUUAAACUCUACACGACUAAAAAACGUCACUUCAUGUCAUACUGGUUUUAAACUCUACACGACUAAAAAACGUCACUUCAUGUCAUACUGCUUUUAAACUCUACACGACUAAAAAACGUCACUUCAUGUCAUACUGCUUUUAUACUCUACACGACUAAAAAACAUCACUUCAUGUCAUACUGGUUUUAUACUCUACACGACUUAUCAAUAUAUCCUCUGUAGUAUCUGGUGUUAUGAAGAGUCUGCACUUACACACACACACAUACAAGCACUCACACACACACACACACACACACACCGUGACAGCCCUGAUCGAUACGCGCACACACCCUCCACACUCGUCAAUAAUUAUUAUUUAUUUGUUUACAUGCCUCACCAGGAAGUGAAUCCACCUGCUGCCUCAGGCAUGCCCCCCCAAAACAUGGAUGUGAUUUUUUUUCUUCCCUGCUUGAAGUCAGACCUAAUUAAUGGAGCCAAGAACAGGAGGAAAGAAAUAGACUGAAACAAGACAGUAAACAUUCUGCUAGUUUACAGUACAUGCAUACAAUGUCCAUGACAUGUUGUCUUUAUGUUAUAGAGUUAUGAUAUAAUUACUGUUAUGAAGAGUCUACACCACACAGAUUAUUUCUCGGCAGGAUAUCUGUGAAUUUGUUAUAUUUUGGAGAGCUACUCAAAAAUUUACAAAUUACAAAUUAUAUGUUAGCACACUAAAAGGAAAGAACUGAGAGCCAGUCCUAAACAAGAGCAGUGAGACAGCUGCAGACCUUCAACCCUAUAUAAUCACCUAUGUCCGCCCGUGCCCUAUUUUUGCCCCCCUUACGUUAAUGUGCCACUUAAUAUUCAUUUCUAUACAAACCAAGAUGGCGGAUUCCUAAAGAAACGCAAGCUCCCAGAAAGGUGUCUAAAUGAUCUUUGUACUGGGUCUCGAAGUGCUGUAAACAGUAUUGUAAUACUGCUGGUACAAAACCACGACUUACUAGUGGAAUUUUGAUUAUGUGACGAGAUUUCAGGAAACAAUGUAUGUGGGCCUAAUUUUGCUGUAAAUAAAU